GGUCAUCUCCUGAAUCGCCGGCGCAUGAACUUCCAAUCGCGUGUAUCCACAGCCACCGUGCACGAACUCCUCUUCGCCGACGACUGUGCCCUGAACACCACCUCAGAAGUGGAGAUGCAACGGAGCAUGGACCUAUUCUCCGCCGCCUGCGUGAACUUGGGGCUGGUUAUCAACACGCAGAAGACGGUGGUGAUGCAUCAGCCGCCUCCCAGCUCAGCCACAGCCCCCAACGCGCCGCAAAUCAACGUGAAUGGGACUCAACUGCAAGUGGUAGAGAACUUCCCGUACCUGGGCAGCACGCUCUCCCGCAACACCAAGAUCGACGACGAAGUCGCCAACAGGAUCUCGAAAGCCAGUCAAGCCUUCGGUCGCCUCCAAAGCACAGUUUGGAAUCGUCAUGGUCUCCAACUGAGCACAAAGCUGAAGAUGUACAAGGCCGUCAUCCUGCCGACGCUACUGUACGGAGCGGAGACCUGAACGGUGUACACGAGGCAGGCACGUCGACUAAACCACUUCCACCUCAGCUGUCUCCGCCGCAUCCUGAGGCUGAACUGGCAGGACCUCAUCCCCGACACGGAAGUACUGGAACGGACGGGAAUUCUGAGCAUCUACUCCAUGUUGAGACAAAUGCAGCUGCGCUGGAGCGGCCAUCUGGUGCGCAUGGUCGACGAGCGACUACCCAAACGACUCUUCUACGGAGACGUCGCGACGGGUUCUCGUCGUCAAGGAGGCCAAAUUCGCCGUUACAAAGAUACUCUGAAGUCCUCCCUGAGGCGCCUGCACAUCAACCCGACCAACUGGGAAGAGCUCGCCCGCGAUCGUCCGACAUGGAGGAGAACAGUGAAGACGGGCGCUGCUAUCUACGAAGCCAACCGCAUCGCCGCCGCCAAAGUCAAACGCGAAGUCCGCAAAUCACAACUUCGCCCAACACGCAACGCCGCCGCACAACCUCUCCCUACGUGUCCUCGAUGUCAACGGACAUUCCGGGCACGAAUCGGACUUGUUGGGCAUCUUCGAACCAACUGCAUCUCUCGAACUGCUCCAGCCAUCGUCCCCGCGCCCGCCUCUUCCUCGUCCUCUCUUCCGCCAACUAACUCUGACACUCCUUCUGCACCACCACUUCCAUCCUCCUCCUUCUCCUCCACUGCCCCAGCGGUGGCCGUUCAGGCUGCCGUCUCACACAUCGCCAACCACGACACAGCAACCGCAACCACCCCCACCUGCCCUCACUGCGACCGCACCUUCACCUCACACAACGGCCUGGUCGGUCACUUGCGAAUCCAUCGCACAGAGACUGGUGAACCAGUGCCUGGAGCACCAACCUACACCCACCGCACUCGCCUCCACUGCCCACAAUGCCUUUGCACCUUCCGGCAUCGCAUGGGCCUAUUCGGCCACAUGCGCAUCCACGAGAGCGGAAUUGACUGCAGCCUUGACACUCCCACCCCGCCGAGCCCCACUCCCAAUCCAUCCCCUUGUGCACCCACUAACCACUCCCCAGCCGACAUCGACGCCACCGGCCUUACCACCCCUCACUCCCCCGCUUCCUCCUCCACCUCCUCCUUCAAUGCCACAACGACGGCCACUCCGGCGUCUGUAGCGCACGACUUCACCACAGCCGCACCUGACACAACAACAGACACAACCCCUGCAACCUCCAUCAACAGAUGUGAGGGCCCGGACUACAUCUGCCCUCACUGCGAUCGCACCUUCACUUCACGCAUCGGCCUGGUCGGUCACUUGCGAAUCCAUCGCACAGAGUCUGGCGAACCAGUGCCUGGAGCACCAACCUACACUCACCGCACUCGCCUCCACUGCCUCCACUGCCCACACUGCCCUCGCACCUUCACGCAUCGCAUGGGUCUAUUCGGCCACAUGCGCAUCCACGAGAGCGGCAUUGACCGCAAUUCCGAUACAGCCACGACAUCCAACACAUCCACCACGCCCAGACCCAACCUCGCUCCACCGUCACACGCGCCGACCACCACCACCGCCACCACCAACACCACGGCUUCCUCUACAGCUGACACCGAUACCGCCGACCUCUCAUGCCCACGUUGUCCACGCACCUUCACCUCACGCAUCGACCUGGUCGGUCACUUGCGAAUCCAUCGCACAGAGACUGGCGAACCAGUGCCUGGAGCACCAACCUACACCCACCGCACUCGCCUCCACUGCCCACACUGCCCUCGCACCUUCACGCAUCGCAUGGGUCUAUUCGGCCACAUGCGCAUCCACAACGACCUGCGGUAGACAACCGCCGGUCACACCACACAUUCCCUCACCUCCUACCUCCUAACAUCAUUACCCCACUAGACGUCAACCCUCACACACCUCAUGCACUCAACUGCCGCCUCCCACGCAAGUGGGAAGUGUGCAUCUCGACUCGGUCCCCAUGCGGCCUCGGCUGCACGAGUGACUUGAGUCCGAGACUAUCCCGACACGUCAAGCGUCGUGGAUAGGAAGGUUACUGAUUGAGGCCCGCUCUCGGUUCACGCAGUUCGUCACGUUGUGUGUGUGUGUUGUGUAGUGGCGGACUGGUGGGCUGGGACGGGCUGAAGCAGCACCUUCCACGGUCCUCUCACGCAUGUUAGAGACACGCCGUUCAACCCCCGUUAUGUGAAAUCCUGGUGUUUGUGUGUAUGGGGGGCCAGGUCGUGCUGUGGCGCGCGCAGGCAUGGUCAGUCGACCAUGUCAGCCACCGCGCCCAUUCCCCACUCCAGUCUACUGACCGGCUCGGACAGUGGCUGGGGUGUGGGAAUGGGAAGGGAGAGUGAGGUCGACGACUCAGCGCACUCUCUCCUCACUAUAAACAAUCUGACGCGCUUGAAGCUAUCACGGUGCGCUAAAAGCCGUGGCUUGGAAGGUUGCCAACUGACGGGGUACCUUGGACCUCCUCCAUUACUGGAGGCGGUCUGAGAGUCAGGCUGCAAUGGCUCCUUUUUAAUGUGGCCUUUAUGGCAUUCCCACCACAGUGUGGGAUCCGAGCCAGGCGUUGGCGGCACGCCCAGGUGCGGCUUCGGCCGUGCCAGCCUCCAAAUCUAUGUUGUGUUGGUUCAAAUCCUGGUUAUUGUUGUGUGGACCAGGGGGUGUGGUAGAACGCCAAGGUGAGGAUCCGUCCGAGCCAUCCACCUGCGGCCUCCCUCGUCUCCGGUCUUCUUGACUCUGUCUAGACACCGGGCUCAGGCGGGGGAGGAGGAGAGAGUGUAGGUAGAUGCUACGCAAGUCUACCGGCAUUAUAAACCCCUGCGUAAGUCACCGUCCCUGCUCCCACCAUCUGCUGUGAGGCAUACGGUGGACAUCGUCGGAUGCGACGGUCGAACUGUCGUGUGUGUGUGUGUCACGAAUAAAAGGUCUGAAAGUGUGUGCUAUGUCAGUAUCAGCAAACCAUGACCCUGGUAGCCUAUUAUGCGCUGACAGUUCCGUGGCACCUGGUUACCUGCUGGUAGAUGCGCUUGCGCUCCCGCUGGAUAUACAGUGGGUGGGCAUAGCUGUCCAGUCAUCAUUCUCGCCCUCCUGACCCCUGUUUUAUAUUGUUGUUCUUGUUGGUGGAAAAUCCUCGUCAAGUGUAUGUUGUGGAUGAGAUAUCUGGAUCCAUCUUAGGAUUGAGUGCCCGGCCUUAGAACGCCUUGACAUAGCUUUUAUUGCAUCCUGAGCUACGUGAGAUCCCAGCCGACCCUACAAUGAUCUGGUGAUUAUGGAGUCGCAAGCCCUAUGCAUGUGUGUCACACGUAGGCGGUCUGCUUGGCAUUUUCGCCCUCUGUGUCCAAUCCCGGCUCCGGUUGCUUUGACAUCGUAUUGCCAUCUGGGGUAUUUUAGGUAGUGAUGGCCAAACGUAUCUUUAGAUAAAAUUGCACGUAGCGGAUUCUCCCAACGGUCAGUGAACGCUGGUCCUAAAUAAUAACAAUUAAAAAUGACAGCCGACUUGGUUGCUUCGACAUUGUCAUCCUUGUGGCGAGGUACCUGACUAAUUUACCUUUGACAAUUUUGUCCCAUUUUCUUUGACCGCAUUGCUUGUUUGAAUGUGACGAGAAACGACACACCUACACAACCCGCAUUGCUAGCGUGCUCUGCUGUGGUAUUCUGUUGUCCGUUUUCUUAACCUUUAAAAAUCUCUAUAUCAUUCACUGUUCCGAUUUACUUGCUGCAUUUAAGGCUAGGGGCUCGUGAGAUAUAACUCGCUAGUUCAUGAGAACAUUGCAAUUUACAACAUUGGUGACUCCCGACGUUAGCUCAGACUUAAGUUCUUUCCUUCUGUAACAUUUAAUGACAUUUAACGUCCUAUAUCUAUUUGCUAAAUUUUAGUUCAUUUACAUUUCCCGCUAACCUUUUCACGAUAUUGUGCUACCUAUAUUUUGCUUAUUAUGUCUUCCUAAACUCAACAACCUGACGUUCCUGCCGAGUUUGUUCAUGCCCUCCAUUUCACUUUGCCUGGUUUCUAGCAACACGCCCCUGAACUUUAUUUUAUCCGCAUUGAGUCAGCCUUUUACUCCGCCAACAUUACGAAGGAGUUGUCGAAAUACCACAAACUCCUGGAGGUUCUCCCUGCCAAUAUUAUCUCACAAGUUUAACCCUUGUUAGUGAAACCCCCUGCAGACGCUCCUUAUUCUGCUCUGAAGGCGGAAAUCCUUCGUCUCAAUGCUGUAUCUGACCGACAACGCUACCACCAGUUGAUCAAGGCGGAAUCACUGGGCGACCGAAAGCCCUCAGAACUUCUCCGACUAAUGCGUGCUCUCUUAGGAGACAUGCAGGCCGACGAGAAACUCGUUAAAGAGAUGUUUCUAGAGCGGCUGCCUGCAGAUGUCCAAACGAUUUUGGCAUCCGGCUCGCAAGACCUUACACUUUCACAUCUUUCUGAAAUGGCACACCGAAUGAUAGAGUUUCAACGGUUCCAGCCACCUUCCGUUGCUCAGAUUUCCACAUCCUCUUCAACGGUUAACGAGCAGUUACUGCAACAGAUGUCGGCUAUGGCGAAUGAGAUAGCCUCCCUAAAACUACAGCUUGCUCGCAUUACCUAUAGUCGCUCACCCAGCCGUCAUCGUUCACUUUCGCGACCUCGCACAGCCAAUUUGUGUUGGUAUCACGCAAACUUUGCCGCCAAGGCUCGCAAAUAUUUUUCCCCUUGUUCAUUUAAACCGAAACAGGGAAACCAGCCAGCCAGAGAAUAGACGCGACCGUUUUCUCUGGCUCUCCCAGCUCUGGUCGCACCUUUUAUGUCUGCGACAAAGUGACUCGCAGGCGCUUCCUGAUGGACACCGGAGCCCAGAUCAGCGUGGUUCCCCCACUCCAGUUGACCGCCACUGUCCCAGCCCUGAUCUACAUCUCCAAGCUGCAACCUGUUCCCCCAUUUCCACUUUUGGUUGUUGUUCCCUAACGCUAAACAUUGGUUUACGUCGAUCAUUCUCCUGGAUAUUUGUGAUUGCCGAUGUGCCUCAUGCGAUCCUUGGUUCCGACUUCCUAGCCGAGUUUGAUCUCCUUGUUGACUGUCGGCGUUCCUGUCUCCUCGACCGCACAACUGGUCUUUCUGUCCGCGGUCUUACACCCUUUAAUGACUCCUGCAAUUUAUCUGUUCUGGACACAGGUAUUGCUUGCCCAUACCGAGACCUGCUCCUCCAACACCCCAACAUAAUCAAACCCCAGUUUCGCAGUGGUGAGAUCCAGCAUGGCGUUGUCCACCACAUUCGAACCUCUGGCCCCCCAGUAUUCGCACGGCCUAGACGACUGGCUCCGUCCCGUCUGCAAGCGGCGAAGGCCGAAUUUGAGCACAUGCUGCAACUGGGCAUAAUUCGCCCGUCCGAGAAUCCAUGGGCGUCCCCUCUGCAUAUGGUGCCCAAGGCGACAUCAGACGACUGGCGGCCCUGUGGUGACUAUUGCGCCCUCAACAAUGCGACCAUCCCGGAUCGUUAUCCCGUCCCUCAUGUUUAAGAUUUUUCUGGAGCUCUUUUCGGCAAAUCGGUUUUCUCGAAGAAUGACCUUGUUCGGGCCUUCCACCAGAUUCCUGUCGCUCCUGAGGAUGUUCCCAAAACUGCCGUCACCACACCAUUCGGCCUGUUCGAAUUUAUUCGCAUGCCAUUUGGUCUUCGCAAUGUUACCCACACAUUUCAGAGGUCCAUUGACCGAGUCCUACGUGGUCUCCCGUUUGUGUACGCCUACAUCGAUGACCUCUUGGUGGCCAGUCGAAAUGCCGAGGAACACAAAGAGCAUCUUGCUUUAGUGUUUGACCGCCUCGAUCAGUUUGGCGUGGUCAUUAACCCUUCGAAAUGUGUUCUGGGUGUGCCGUCCCUUGAUUAUCUUGGUCACCAUGUCGAUGCACAAGGUUUGCGUCCCCUCUCUUCCAAGGUUGAGGCCAUUCGUGACUUUCCUCCACCAACCUCUAAGCGUCAGUUUCAACGUUUACUUGGCAUGGUAAACUUUUAUCGCCGGUUCCUACCGAACUGUGCCGACCUUAUGCUGCCACUCACCAACUUGCUCUCUGGUCCCAAGGGUCCCCUUGAGCUACGUGGCCACGCGCUGACUGCUUUUGAGAGAAUAAAGACCUCCCUUGCUGAUGCUACCUUGCUCACUCAUCCUGCUCCAGAAGCCCCAUUGUCCCUGAUGGUUGAUGCCUCGACCGUUGCCGUAGGAGCAGUCCUCCAACAGCAUAUCAACAACUCGACACGACCGUUGGCAUUCUUCUUUAAGAAGCUUUCACCUGCCGAGACGAGAUAUAGCACGUUUGGCCGUGAACUUCUUGCCAUUUACCUAGCCGUAAAACAUUUCCGACACUUCCUUGAGGGUCGUGACUUCACCAUUUUCACAGACCACAAACCACUUACAUUCACCAUCCGAUCCCAUUCUGACAAAUAUAACCCGAGAGAGAUUUCUCAUUUGGAUUACAUCUCGCAAUUCACCACCGACAUCCGCCACAUUGAUGGGCCGAAGAAUGCGGUGGCCGACAUGCUGUCCAGACCUUCCCUCUCGGCGUUUCACCUCUCACACGGGAUUGAUCUUGGUGCUAUGGCGGCUGAACAACGACGUGUUGGAUGCCCUGGCGACGAGUCUGUUGACAGUCUUCAAUUAGUUGACGUCCCAUUGACCACCGGCACUGGCACAAGCCUUUGUGACGUAUCGACUCCUUGUCAUUGCCCUUAUGUGCCUGCCUCGAUGCGUCGAGCUGUUUUUCAAACUCUCCACGGACUCUCCCAUCCUGGGAUCCGAGCCUCUCAAAAGCUCCUCGCGGAAAGGUUCGUAUGGUCUGGGAUGAACAAGGACGUCAAAGCUUGGGCCCGGUCGUGUCUGAGCUGCCAGCGCAACAAGGUGCAGCGUCACAACAAGUCCCCACCAGGCACUUUCCCCAGUCCCGACGCACGGUUCAGCCAUGUGCAUCUGGAUGUCGAGGGCCCCUUGCCUCCAUCCAAUGGUUUCACCUACCUCCUUACCUGUGUCGAUCGAUACACUCGCUGGGCUAUAGCUAUUCCUUUGCCUAAUGUUCAGGCUGAAACCAUCGUGAAAGCAUUCGUCAGUCGUUGGGUCGCCAUGUUUGGUGCCCCAUCCACGGUUACGACUGAUCGUGAUGCCCAGUUUGAGUCGGCACUCCUCCAAACGCUACCCAAUUUCCUUGGCUGCACACGCAUUCGGACGACAGCCUACCACCCCGCUGCCAACGGUAUGGUGGAGCGUUUCCAUCGCCAGCUAAAGACCGCCCUGCGUACCGUCGAAGACCCAGGAAACUGGUCGGACAACCUUCCUCUUGCACUCCUCGGCAUCCGCGCAGUUCUGAAGUCGGAUCUCGGCUGUAGCGCAGCUGAAUUGGUUUUCGGCACUACCCUCCGACUGCCAGGCGAGAUGAUCACCCCAACCUCUCGUGGAGCCGACGAGACUCCUGACAAUCUUGUGCACCGUUUGCGGCAAUUUAUGCGUUCGCUUUCCCCGGUUCCACCUCGAGCUCCAAUGACUGAGUCUUAUGUCGAAAGAGAUUUGGACAACUGUACUCAUGUGUUUGUCCGGUGUGACCGUGUGCGCCAGCCGCUGGAAUCACCAUACGAAGGACCGUUCCGCGUGCUCGUGCGCAGCACCAAGACCUUCCGGAUCCUUCGCAGUGACAAGGAGGACGUGGUCAGUGUCGAUCGGGUCAAGGCUGCGGUUGCAGAGGAGCAGCCCGGCCGGUCAAAAGGACAAAAAUGUGCUGACCCCACAACCCCUGUACCUUCAUCUUCCCUAUCCCCUGCUCAUUCACCCUGCCCACUACCUUGCCCUUCCCCUCCCUUGCCCUCCACCCCUCCGUCCCGCAUACUUCCUCUCCCUACAUGUCAACAGCAUCCAAUUGCAACACCAUCGUCCACCACAGCACGCAGUCAACCUUCUUCGGCUGUACCUCCUGCAUACAUAACUCGCAGUGGCCGUCACGUUCAAUUUCCCGAUCGUUUAGUUACCCAUUUUUUCUAG